CAUCCCUCCUUAACUCUACCUGUGAGAAGAACGCUAGUGGGCGGGCCCACUGUUUGAUUCCGUUACCCACUACUUAACACCUGUGAAACACCGACCAAUCACCAUGCAGACGUCAUCGCUCCGCCGCCAGGUGAAGAACAUGGUCAACCAAUACUCAGAGGCAGAGAUCAAGGUCCGCGAGGCGACCUCCAACGACCCGUGGGGUCCCCCCUCCUCUCUGAUGUCAGAGAUCGCUGACCUGACCUUCAACGUGGUUGCGUUCACUGAAGUCAUGGGCAUGAUCUGGAAACGCCUCAAUGACAGCGGGAAGAACUGGAGACACGUCUACAAGGCCCUGACGCUACUCGACUACCUGAUCAAAACGGGCUCGGAACGCGUGGCGCAGCAGUGCAGGGAGAACGUCUACACCAUACAGACCCUACGGGACUUCCAGUUCACAGACCGAGAUGGCAGGGAUCAGGGGGUCAACGUUAGGGAGAAGGCCAAGCAGAUGGUGGCCCUGAUGAGGGAUGAGGAGAGGCUGAAGCAGGAGAGGACCCUGGCCCAGAAGACCAAGGAGAGGAUGGCUGGAGCAGCCGCAGGGUCAGGGAUGGGCUCUGGCUCUCUGCCUCCACCGUACCCAGGCCGCCGCACCAGCCAGCCCAGCAUGACUGCUCUCUACGGGGAUGACUUCAGCCGGUCCAGGGAGUCCAAUUCCUCUUUCAAUUCCACCUCUUCCUCCCCUCGCCGUGCCGCAUCAGACAUGGAGCAGGCCCGCCCCCAGACCAGCGGGGAGGAGGAGCUACAACUGCAGCUGGCUCUGGCCAUGAGCCGAGAGGAAAGUGAAAAGCCGGCCCCGCCUCCUCCGGUUGCCUUGGAUAUGGAUGAAGAGACACAGCUCCGGAUCGCCCUGAGCCUGAGCAAAGAGGAGCACCAGCAGGAGCAACGGAGUCGCCAAGGAGACGAGUCGUUGCUCCAGAAAGCUCUGGAGGAGAGCAAACGGGAGGCGGCCUCUGGUGGAAUUGGGUCUGCCAUGAUGGACCUGGUGGAGGUGUUUGCUGUGUCGUCUGAGGUGCCUCCUAGUUCUAGCGCCAACCCCUGGGACCUGCCAGGGGGAACAUCCGCACCCCUCUCCACCACCCCCUCCCCCAGGCCCAGGCUGCUGCUGGGGCUGGUCACCUGCCUGGGGCUGGGGCAGCCUCCGACCCCUGGGACUCACUGGACGUUGGAGGCUCGCUCCACUCCCCCUGUGAUAGAGUCUACCUGGAUGGUUCCUCCCACCUCCAGUAGCUCCGCCCCUCUUUGGGAGCGUAGCCGGUCCCCUCCGGACCCCUGGGAGAACCCGGGGGUAGCAGACCCAUUCUCUGUCCCAGCUGCUCUUCGAACUGGCAGCCCUACAGAUGGUGACCUGUUUGACGAGGCGAUGGACGGAGGUCAUUUCAGCCUGAACAGUCGUGGUGAGGGUGAGGGCAGCCCGGAGCUGUUUGAUCUGUCUCGUUUAGGGGACAGUCUGGGGGUCCCCAGCCCUCGGACCUGCCGGACCCCUGAAUCCUUCCUGGGGCCCACAGGGGCCUCCCUGGUCAAUCUGGACAGCCUGAUACCAGCCAACCCCCCAGCCAAAACCAAGAACCCCUUCCUCUCAGGUCUGAGUGCUCCAUCUCCCCUCAACCCGUUCCAGAGUGAACAGCCUCGUCUCACUCUGAAUCAGAUGCGUCCCAGCUCCACGUCCCCCGUCCCCCCCUCCGGUCCUCCCUCCCUGCCCUACAGUGCUUCUCUGCCCCUGCCCUCCAGCCACCAGCCGGCCAGCCUUCCCUCUUCCCUCACCCAGCCCACCCAGGGAGCCCUGGACAUACCUGGGCUGCCACAGCCCCUGCUACCCCUCUCCUCCGUCUCGUCUCUGGGAGACCAGCACAGUCAGAACCCCUUCCUAUGAUGCCUGUCUAGCUGAACUGGACAGAACCCCGUAACAGGGAAGAUGGACCAACACCAAUGUCUGCCAUGCGCAGUAGAUCACCUGCUUGGGUGUCCACGAGCGGUGACGAUUCAACGCUUGGGAAUCGUCGAGAAAUUAAUAGGAAAAUGACGGCGGAUGUUUUGCGGUCAGAUUUGAUAGGACCGCCACCCGCUGCGCACGGCCGACAUGCAUGUUGGUCUGUCUGCCUUCUAACUCUGCUGGAUGUAAAAGAGGGGAUAGACAGAACUCUUAUCAGGUUAUAUUCUGUCAAUCUAACCUCAAGACUCAACAACUGGAAUUCAGACUGAACUCAAAUCCCUUCAGUUGUUAUUUUGUUGUUGUUUUUCUACGGGCUUUAUAGGACUGUAACCCUUAGACUGCUGCCUCUGCUAGGAUCUGCUCUACGCUUUCACCACAACCUGUCUUGAUGUUCCUCUCUGCUGAAGGGAGGGAUGGAGGAGGAAGGAGAGGUAGAAAGAGAGAGAACAGAACUUGUUUAGGUCUAUAGUAACCUGAUCCUAACUCAUGACAGAUACUGUACAUACAGGCCUAUGUUCAAGCUCAUCCUUCGCUAUAGUAAGCGCAGUGGGUGAAGACAUAUUGAUGCUAAAGUACUUAGCAAUACUUUACAGAGUGAGUAUGUAAGCACUAACCUAUUCUCAGAUCUGUUCGUGCCCUCUUUCCAACUAUGGUCAUUGGCUAUACAACACAAACAGAUCUGGGACCAGGUUAGUUAACUGCUUUUCCAACUGCUUCCUAUCUAGUCACAUGCCCCGCCCACUCUGCUGCAUACUUUAGUUUGAUUGGCUCCUCACUGUUACUCCUGAUCCAGCACUGAACUGAUUGUACACCAGAUAUGCCUGCUUAUCUCUCCGACCGACGGACCACAAUGCACUGGGACAGGACGCCCACUGUUCCGCCGCACUGCUCUAUGCUGAUUGGUUGGUCCGCUCUCUGGAUUGCUUUCAUUGGUCGGCUCUUUCUCUCCUAUUAUGUCUCCCAUGAUGCCCUAGGGGAUAACUCGGACAAGUCUUUUCAGGAGGAUGUAACGUUACAGAACGCUCAGAUAGAAAUGUAUCAUAUAGAACAGAUAUGAUUGUCUGCCAGAUAGAAUAGGGGAAGUGUGUCGGCUCUAUUCAAUCUAUUUCUAUCUGCAAACGUUCAGUAUGUUUCCCAGCACAGACUGCAACUCUUGCUUUCUGAGAAUGGACAGAGAACAUGCCACACCGGUGAUGAGACGCCAGACAACCCACAUCCAUAUAAUGACCACUCAGUUUUAAGUUUCCUUUUUGUUGCAUUAGGCCUAGUAAGACCCACUCAGAGCGAGUUAUUGUGUAAUGGUGGUUUUCUGUUGGAAUGGAACAGUGUUGAUGGUGAGAAAGAUUCUAAUGUAGUUUGAUUGCAUUAUAGUGGACUGGAGUGGGAUUCCUUUGGGGGAUAACUGAAUGAAAUCUGCUUUUCAAGGGACCGGAAUAACUGCAGGAUUCACUACAGGGGUAAAUCCUAACGCUCUCGCUUCAAGUUGAAUUUUGCAUUGAUGUCAAUGGGAGAAGUGGAAAUUCAAUUGCAGUGGAAGUUAGAAUUCGACCCUAUGAGCAAGGCAACAUAUUAGAAGAAUGUUGAAUUGAAAUCAUUAUUUUUUUUCCUUCUCAUUGCUUGUGAAACACUGAUUGUCAUCAUCAAAUAUAAGGGUAUAAUUAACUAAUAACAACACCUUG